AUGAGCGAAGAGACACAACCCCAAUCUACAGAACCUAAAGGUUCUGGAAGUGGUGUCAUCAUUGAUGAUGGUACAAUGGAUGAUCUGAUCGAUAAACUCAGGAUUUUACGAUAUGAAACCGAAUUUUGUCCCCGUGUCAAGCCCCCAUUCAAACCCUUGAGCAAGUAUUACUUUUCGGGACCCUCUACCAUUGAUAACCCUAACGCCCAGUUCUACUAUUUCACGUCUCUGUGCUCCUGGUUAAUGGGUUUAUCCGGUCGUAAUUUUGAACCUCCGGGGCAGUUUGACGAUCCGAAUGCUACGGCUACCAAUAUAUUAAUGGAGUUACGUGGGAUGAACAUAACAGCACCUAACCUUGCGCCUAAUCGGUUGCGCCAAGCAAGUGGUGAAGCAGUUCUGACUGUGCUUUCGCUUCUCGCUGAUCACGCUAUCCUCAGUAAAGGUUUAAGCAUUCGUGCUAUUGACUACAGUAAUAUUGAAAAGUUCGAUGAGUUGGAAGGGGCCACGGAUGGUGACGAGAAUUAUGGAAUUGGUGAUGAGGUGGAGGAUAAUGUGAUGAUCGAUAGCGACGAUGACGAUGAGUUAUACGUUCGUGCUGUUGGGGGGAAGUCAGGGAAAGAAGACACAGGGAUACCUGUGGAGUCAGAAAUUAAUGCAGAUGAAUGGAAUCUGGAAGUGGAGCGCGUUGGACCUUUGCUUCAUGUAAAGUCAGAGGCGAUACAAGAUUGGCGCUCUCGCAUUGAAAACGCCGCAAUUCUUUUGAAAGCUGUUGAGAAAAUGUAUCCAGAGGUAAGGCAAAUGCUUCAGAGGAUGAGUGAUGAUUUAGAGAAAUCCAAAGACCGCAUUCAGAAACGUGAGCAGACGCUCGCUCAGCAGUUUUCCGAUCAAGUUGAGGAUUACCGUGUGAAGCUGCGGGAGCUGAACUCUUCUCAAGAUGCCGCAAAUAUAGCAAGUCAGAGCGUUCAACAACUUUCAGCUGAGUUAAAUCAAGUAAGUGGAUUGCUGGACCAGGUAAAGCGGGAUAUCGAAGAAAGAGAGGCGAAACUAUCAGAUACAUCUCCAUUGAUGCAAGUAAAGGAUGCUGCUGUGAAGGUAAGGGCCGAAAUCAAGCAAAUGUCUUUAAGAAUUGGUAUUUUGCAACACACAGUCCUCCACUACGUAAUGAAACAAACAAAGGCAAAACGAGAGGGUACAGCCAAUACCUCUGGUGGUGAUGAGUGGGAAGAAACGGAUUAUAUGUAA